GCUCGUCGAUUGAGUCGACAAAGACCUCUAAACGUGGUGAAAAUGGAACACGGAGGAUCGUAACACGAAUAAUCAGGAAGACAACAACAUUGACCCGUGGAGAAGAGAAAAGUGUUGCUGAGGACUUGACAAAUCGUGCACAUGUCAAGUCUCUACAAUCAGCCCAAUACAGCAAGGUCACCACCCAGGGUUCACCAAAGCCGAAGACUGUGAGGAUAUCUGAUAUAGUGGUUGGACAAGAGCCUAAUGUUACUGCACGUGAGGCACUUCUGCGCUGGGCAAAACGAUCGACAGCACGUUAUCCUGGUGUUCGUGUUACCGAUUUCACUGGUUCAUGGCGCGAUGGCCUCGCAUUCAGUGCAUUACUCCAUCGAAAUCGACCGGACCUCAUCGACUGGAAGACAGCGCGUUCCUGUCAAGCCAGAGAACGACUUAAUUAAUUUUUUUUUUUUUUUUGUAAAAUCGUUGGAAGUCGAAUUGAAUAAUUUUGAAUUCCUUCAGAUGUCGAUACCCCCGAACCGGACGAGAAGUCUCUGAUAACGUACAUCUCCUCGCUCUACGAUGUAUUCCCCGAGCCACCGCCAAUUCAUCCCCUGUAUGACGCCGACGCCCAGCGUCGCUCCGCGGAAUAUCGCGAGCUCGCGAGUUCCCUCCAUCUCUGGAUCCGCGAAAAAAUUUCGAUAAUGCAGGAGCGCGCCUUCCCACCAACUCUGAUUGAGAUGAAAAAAUUGGCAUCUGACAAUGCCAAAUUCAAAAAUGAAGAAGUACCACUGCGAUAUCGCGAUAAGCAACGACUCACCCACAUAUUCCGAGAUCUUCAAAAGUAUUUCGAGGCAGUGGGUGAAAUUGAUAUGGAGCAGGAGUUGCACAUCGAUGUCAUCGAUAAGAACUGGAAUCGUCUUAUGCACCUUCACCAGGAGAGAGAGCAGGCAGUUAUUGAUGAGAUAAAACGAUUGGAGCGACUUCAGAGACUCGCUGAGAAAGUCCAUCGUGAAAUGAAAGCAACUGAUAAUCGUCUGGAGGAGUUGGAGCGCCGCGUAGAGGAUGAGGCACGUCGUCUGGAUCGACUCCAUCCACUUGAGGCUAAACACGCCGUUGAUUUGCUUGAACAGGACAUUCGCAGCACUGAAAUAUCCAUUCAAAAUAUUUUCACUGACGUUCAAACUCUCAUCGAUGGCAAAUACAGUCAGGCCGGAGAACUCUACAAGAGAGUACAAAAAUUACAUCAGCGUUGGGUGUCAUUGCGCUCUCUAUUGCACAAGCGUUUGGUUGAGCCCCUUUCAGCAGUAUCAUUUCCAGUUGAGGAGCGUGUCGUCACGAAACACCGUACAACCGUCCACGAGACACGUUUAGUCGAUACAAAUCCACAUUUUCGUAAUUUGCACGACUGCAUAGACUGGUGUAAAAACAAACAUAAGCAGCUGCUGGAGGCUGACUAUGGCUCGGAUUUACCGAGUAUCAAGAACGAGUGGGACAUUCACCAGCGAGAGCACAAGAAUAUCGAACAAUUUCGAAGUAAAAUCGAAAAGUGCGUAUACGCUAAGAGUCAUUUUCACGGUGAAGAGCUGUCACUUUACAGCCAGCAUCUCAGCACACUUCAGCAGAUUUACUCGGAUUUACUGGAGAUAUCUAACAAGCGGCUGUCUGAUCUCGAUGUUCUUCAUGAUUUUGUGCAGUCAGCGACCAGAGAGUUGCACUGGUUCAACGCCAAGGAGGAGAUUGAAGUCACUCGGGACUGGAGUGAUAAGAAUCUCAAUGUCCAGAGUGUGGAACAGUACUAUGAGAAUCUUAUGAAUGACAUGGAGAAACGUGAGAUCCAGUACGUGGCAGUGCAGCAGCGUGCAGAAAUUCUAAUAAGCCAGGGUCAUCCAGCCUCAAAAACAAUCGAGGCAUACAGCUCGGCGAUGCUGAAGGCCUGUUCCUGGCUGCUGCAGCUUACCCACUGCCUCGAGGUGCACCUUAAGCAUGCUGCAGAGAGCCAGCAAUUUUUCAAAGAGGUACAGCAGGCUGAGCAGUGGCUCUCGAAGCAGGACGAAGUCCUCAACACCAUCUACUCUCAAUCAGAAUUCAGUAUUGACGAGGGUGAACGUCUGCAGCGAGGGCUUAGUGAGCUUCGAGUGGAGCUUGAGGGGCACGAAAAACAGGUGAGAAGACUGAUGGAUCAAGCCAAAAUAAUCGUGCCAAUGAAGCAGAGGAGACAGCCAGUGACAAGACCACUCCAGGUGACUUGCAUAUGUGAAUACAAACAAGUGAACAUGUCAAUUGAGAAGAACGAGCAGUGUACACUGUACGAUAAUUCUGGUAGAGUGAAAUGGAGAGUGAAAAAUUCUCAGGGUGUCGAGUCCCCAGUGCCAGGUGUUUGUUUUUCACUGCAGCCACCGGACAAGGAUGCCCUCGAUGCUGCUGAACGUCUGAGACGUCAGCACGACAGAACAACAGCCCUCUGGCAACGCAAACACCUUCGCCUGAGACAGAACACCAUUUUUGCCACAAUUAAGGUCGUCAAGGGCUGGGAUUUCCCUCAGUUUCUGGCUAUGGGACAGGAGCAACGUGCAACCAUCAGGAGAGCUCUCAAUGAGGACGCUGAGAAGCUCCUGGCUGAGGGUGAUCCAGCUGAUCCUCAAUUGAGAAGACUCAGGAGGGAGAUCGCUGAUGUUAAUCGAUUGUUCGACGACUUUGAGAAGAGGGCGAGGGCUGAGGAGGAGUCCAGAAAUGCUGGGAGGAUUUUUGAUGAUCAACUUUCCUCCCUGAAGCUCUCCCUGGACGAGUACGAGAGGAUUUUGAAUAUAAGAAUUGCUUCGCCAUUGCCUAGAGACUUGGAUAGCCUCGAGCAUCUCGUUCUCGAGCACAAGGACUUUGAGCAAAAUUUACAGAGACUGGCUCCUGAUUAUGAACAAGUGCAACAAACGUUCAGGGGAAUUACCCUGAAGACACCAGCCAUGAGAAACAGAUUGGAUGAUGUUAUGACAAAAUGGAAUCAUCUGUGGAAUGUCAGUAAUCUUUAUAUUGAGAGGCUCAAGUGUGUGGAAAUUGUUCUCUCUGGAUUGGAGGAGAACACUGCUGCUAUUUCUGAAUUUGAGAUUAAACUUGCAUCAUACUCUGAGCUACCCUCUGAUGUCAAGGGUCUGCAGAUCGUCCUCGAGGACAUCAUGGUCCUUCAAAAUGCUAUUGGACAGCAGCAGAUUGCUAUGGAUCAGCUCAAUGAUGAUGCACACAAUGCUAGAAGACUUGUGGAGAAAUCCCGACCAAAUCAUCGUGGACCUCACAGCGAUAUGGAUCGUCUCGAUGCUGAGGUCACCAGGCUCAAUUCAAGGUGGACGAAUAUAUGUGGACAAGUUGUCGACAGAAUGAGGAGUGCUGAGGCUGCUUAUGCUCUUGCACAGAAAUAUCACACUUCUUAUCAGAGUGAAGUCGACUUUGUCGAUGACAGUUAUAACAAACUCGAGACAUCUUCACCAGUUAUGAAUAAGGCCCACGAGAGAUACACAACACUCGUCAGCCUCUGCCAAGAGCGCCUUCAAAAACUAGUCCAACAAUAUCCUGAUGAUCUGGCGUUGCAGCUAGGUGCGUUCGAAAAUUAUCCCAACCACUCUGACACAAGGGAGCGUCAAAAGCGUUGUAAAUACCGUUGUAGUACACAAAUAGCUUGA